AGCUGUGACGUUUUAGCCCAGGCACGUUCACCAUUCUGUGCGGACAUGGACAAUCAAUAAACAACCUCAGUAAAGUGUCAACAAAUCCUAAUAUUCAACAUUUUAAAAGAUAUUUAAUAAAAUUAUGGACUCCACAGCGACCAUUGGGGGGUUCAUAAGCACCCUCACUGAGAUGGGCUUCGGUGAGGAUCAGAUACAGGCUGCCAUUCAAGCGGGUUUCUUCUCUGUGCAGGAAGCUGCUGAAUGGCUUCUGCAGGGUGGGAGUCCACGGCAUAAACUGGUCAAGCAGCCUUCAGGGCCUCUGGAGACGGCAUUCGCUGCUUUUAACCCUCCCAAAGAUGCUCUGCACACAAACAACAGCUCACAGUCUGAAGCAACAGGUCCUUGUUUGGUUCUGGGACCCCCCUCAACGCAUGAACACCCUCCACUGGAAACACGAAUCAAACAGGAUAAAAGUAAUUUCCAUGAGCAACAGAGGCAGCGGGUGGCGCAAGAGGCGCGUGCGGAGAGAAGACAGAAGAAAGAGGAGCGCGAGUCGGUAUUAAAGAGAAUCGCAGAGGACCGCCGCACCCAGCAGAUGAAGGCCCAAUCCGAAGCCACGGCCGAGACGUCUUCAUCCAGCGAACCAGGUCAGAGACUCGGUGGCCGCGUGGAGACAACCGUAGACAACCACUGCAUCCUUAUGAUCCGUCUUCCCUCUGGGGAGUCAAUGCGUGAACGUUUCCCUGCAGACACGCCUCUAAGUCACGUCGUCGAGUACAUUGCUGGUCGACACCCAUCACUCCCUGCCUUCUCUCUCCUGCAAGGAUUCCCUCGGAAGCGCUUCGGUGAAUCCGAGCUUGCCUGUUCACUCCGGUCUCUGGGACUGACUCCCAACGCUGCCCUUUGUAUACAGACCACGCCUCCAGAGACGCCUCAGGACCCGCCCAGUCCAGCUUCCCAAUUGGGCGUCGUGGAACAAGCAGAGGUGGAACUACCCGAGCUGGUGAGACCACCCACUGACCCGCCUCAAGAAGAGGCUGGAGCUGAAGAGGAUCUGGUGGUGCCUCCGCCUUUGCCCCGUCAGCUGUGGGAGGAGGCAGUGGGGUAUGCUGGGAUUCCUGGGGUUGGACCUCCACUUGCAGAUCCGGCUCACCGCUGGGGACGAGGCCAGAAACUGGUCCCAGGUGAUGCCGAAGAUGAAGAACAUUCAGAAAAUGAGGUGCAACCAGAAGAUGAGGUCGUACCUCCAUAUCAUCUCGACGGAAUGCCGCCGUUGCCCUUUUUCAUGGAGAACAGGGCUAGAGGGGGUCUGGAGCCCAGACAUCACUGGCCUGAACAGGGUAACAGACUCAGAGAGGCGGAGCCUGACGUCCCGGCAGACCCUGAGGAGGAGCGUGCGUUACGCGGGGCGGCAGGUCAGGCGGCAGUGGAGCGGUUACAGAGAGCUGCCCAUCAAGACGAACAGCAGUCACUGCACGGGCAGCCCUCACCCCCUAAAAAAUCUUUCAAGACACCUCGCGUUUCCACACUCUGCUCCAUGGCAACCAGAGCCACCGUUUCUCUCAUGACAGCUCCCAGCAUGCAGUACAGCAGUAGCCUGGCAUGUCUGACUCCAGAACUGGCCGAACUCUUGUUGACGCACAUGGCUCGUGAGCGUCUCCUCCGUCCACGGACGCUGGAGCUGUUCUUCGGCUGCCCGCUGCAGAAGUUUGUCCUGAACUGUUAUCCGUACACCACCAAUGAGAUGCUACGGCAGCUGAGGGCCUUUUCCUGUCUGAAGCAUCUCAGCUUAGUCAACUCUCUUCUCAUUACAGGUUUGUGUGUUUGUUUUGUGCCUUUCAGAUUUUAUAUUGGGGUUAAAUUCCAUUUUUGAAUUAUUUUAUUUUUU